CUGCCCGUACGCAGCCCCGCCCGCUCUGGCCGCAGGGGCUGCUGGGACGGCCCCCAUCUUCCUUGCGCGCGUCAGGCCCCCAGCGGCGCUUCGAAACCAGUCAGUGCCGUCGCUGUAAGUGGUCCUGUGGCGGAGCAGUGCAGGGCCCGGACUUUCAGAUAGCCACAAUGGCCGAAAAUGGUGAUAAUGAAAAAAUGGCUGCUCUUGAGACCAAAAUCUGUCAUCAAAUUGAGUAUUAUUUUGGUGAUUUCAAUUUACCUCGGGACAAAUUUUUAAAGGAACAGAUUAAACUGGAUGAAGGCUGGGUACCUCUGGAGAUAAUGAUAAAAUUCAAUAGGUUAAACCGUCUAACAACAGACUUUAAUGUAAUAGUAGAAGCACUGAGUAAAUCAAAGGCAGAACUCAUGGAAAUAAGUGAAGAUAAAACUAAAAUCCGAAGAUCUCCAACCAAACCCCUCCCUGAAGUGACUGAUGAGUAUAAAAAUGAUGUAAAAAACAGAUCUGUUUAUAUCAAAGGCUUCCCAACUGAUGCAACCCUUGAUGACAUAAAAGAGUGGUUAGAAGAUAAAGGUCAAGUACUAAAUAUUCAGAUGAGAAGAACAUUGCACAAAGCAUUUAAGGGAUCAAUAUUUGCUGUGUUUGAUAGCAUUGACUCUGCUAAGAAGUUCGUUGAGACCUCUGGCCAGAAGUACAAAGACACGGACCUGCUAAUACUUUUCAAGGAAGAUUACUUCACAAAAAAAAAUGAAGAAAGGAAGCAAAAUAAAGUGGAAGCGAAAUUACGAGCGAAACAAGAGCAGGAAGAAAAACAAAAGUUAGCAGAAAAUGCCGAAAUGAAAUCUUUAGAAGAAAAGAUUGGCUGCUUGCUGAAGUUUUCAGGUGACUUAGAUGAUCAGACCUGUAGAGAAGAUUUGCACAUCCUUUUCUCAAAUCAUGGUGAAAUAAAAUGGAUAGACUUUGUCAGAGGAGCAAAAGAGGGAAUAAUUCUAUUUAAAGAAAGAGCUAAGGAAGCACUGGAUAAAGCCAAAGAUGCAAAUAAUGGUAACUUACAAUUAAGAAACAAAGAAGUGACAUGGGAAGUACUAGAAGGAGAUGUGGAAAAAGAAGCAUUGAAAAAAAUCAUUGAAGAUCAACAAGAAUCCCUAAGCAAAUGGAAGUCAAAAGGUCGCAGAUUUAAAGGAAAAGGAAAGGGAAAUAAAACUGCCCAGACUGGAUCUGCUAAAGGAAAAGUACAGUUUCAGGGCAAGAAAACUAAAUUUGAUAGUGAUGAAGAACGUGAUGAAAAUCGUUCAUCGGGACCGGUAAAAAGAGCAAGAGAAGAAACAGACAAAGAAGAACCUGCAUCAAAACAACAGAAAACAGAAAAUGGUGCUGGAGAUCAGUAGUUUAG